AGUUCAGUCUUUUUCAGUAAACACUGUUUAAUUUCCAUCAAAUGAAACAAUGGUUGUAAUCUUGCAGCCUAUACAUUUUCACAGAUAUCUAAUGUAGUUAGCUACCUCACUCCAAAACAAGGGACACUCAACUCAAAUAAGUGGCCGAUCAUAAACAUAAAUUGGCUAAAGUGUAUUCAAUUUCAUACUGGUUAGAAAGGAAUUAUGUGAUUAAACAUGUUAUCAGUUAAAACUGUCUACCUCUGGUUCUAAUUGGAUUCAGUUCGGGCUGGUUUAGGACUGUCCAUUUGGUGGCAGUAAAACUCUGUAAAUUAGGCCUACAUGAGGCUUGCUUUACCAACUGUAGUCUUCACUUGAAAGUAUUCUAUAAAUCAGAUAAACGAUGAUUGGUUAUUCAGCUCCCUCUGCUCCAUCAGACACAAACCGGUGGAAGAGGCUUAAACGGAAAGGUCCACAAGUAAAUAGCGAAAUUUUGAUUGUACAACGCAGACUACCUUUCUGUCUACAGCUAAAUCAAGUAGGCCCUAUACCCUGGUAUCCGUAUUCUUCUCAAAUGUAUUAAUAUGAAGGGGCCAACAAAAAUAUAAAACCUAUAUACUCUAACACUAAUCUAAAGGCUAAAUAAAACAAUAAAUGUAUAAUAUUCGUUCUAUUCAAAACUGCUGUGUAUACCCAUUAAUAAAAAAAAAUAUAUAUAUAUUAUAUAAAAAACGUGCCGGCUUAUAUAUAACACCCAUUAGUUUUAGUCCACCUGUUCACUGGCAGGAGCUGCUGGCAUGUUUCUGCCAUUUUCAAAUCAGUUCUUUCGGCGCAGUUGGUGAGGGGGUGAGAGAAUUCUCACAUCCACUGAGUUGUGUAAAAGAAGCAACUGAAUCCCAGAUGAAUCUGUCAUAUCAAGGACAUCACAGUUGAUAGUUCAAAACUAUUCUGUAUUCUAGUUCAACACCUAAGGUACCAAAGCAAAACAUUAAAUAUUGGAUGUAUCCCUUCAAAGGUGCAUGAUUAGAAUACACAUUUUAUUUAAACACAGAAAGUGUAGCUGCCAAUAGCAGAGAUUAAACAUUAAAGAUCAUAUUGUGCAAGAGACAGGUUAAAACAAGAUUUGUUAAGCUGUAUCUAGGCUACAGUUCUGAUUUUUUUUAAAACAAGUUAAACCCAUUGAAGUUAUUUAUUCACACAACUUCAAUAUAUUUAUUGAAAGCUUGAAAAUGUCAGCAACAGUUAAACGAAAAAGCAUAAUCCAUGUACCGUCCCUACAAUAUACCGUAUAGAUUUAGAAAUCUAUAGGUCCACCACGAGAGCAACAGAUGUCAUAACGUUGUUACUCGUUGUCAGUGCCUCUCUACCAACCCCGCAUGCGUUAAGAAUCUUUGGUCCAACGCAAGGAGACUAAGCUGCGUCUCUCCUCUCCUGAUCUCAGAUUUCUCUCUACUCUGACAAGACGGAGACUUGAGCGAAGCGCGCGCUCUCACUUUUGCGCUUUGGACCAAGACACCCCGCGCGCAUAGACGAAACUUUUACGCAAAGAAGGAAAAGGUGUCGGCGGUGUCACACUUCUAUAUUCAAUCCUCGCUAUCUGCUGUGCUAUAUACCAAUAACUUCAAAUAACAGACAGACCUGAACUUAAAACAAUUGUUCUCAGGACUAAAAACAAACAACAAAAAACACUUAAGAACGUUGCAGUGAUGGAAAACGUUACUGCAGUGAUGGAAAACGUUACUGCAGCUCAAAAAAACCACACACUGCCAACAUGGACUGACCACAGCAUCGAAUACAAGUUGAUAAGCACUUUAUUAGUGUUUGUGAUCUGUGCUUUAGGGGUUGUUGGUAACAUCAUGGUGAUCUUAGUGGUCCUUACAACCAAACACAUGAGGACACCCACCAACUGCUAUCUGGUUAGCUUGGCCGUGGCCGAUCUCAUGGUGCUAACGGCUGCAGGCUUACCAAACAUAACGGACAGCAUCUUCGGCUCAUGGGUGUUUGGCCGCCCAGGAUGCCUCUGCAUCACCUACUUCCAGUAUCUUGGAAUCAACGCGUCGUCAUGUUCCAUUACCGCUUUCACUAUUGAAAGAUACAUCGCCAUUUGCCACCCCAUAAAAGCGCAGUUUCUCUGCACACUGUCCAGGGCAAAGAAGAUAAUAAUUAUUGUGUGGCUUUUUACUUCGCUAUACUGCAUCAUGUGGUUCUUCCUGUCGGAUAUUGAGGAAGUUUUAUAUGAGAACGUGACCAUUGAGACAUGCGGCUACAAAGUUUUAAGACGGUUUUAUUUACCUAUUUACUUUUUCGAUUUUGGGAUGUUUUUUGUUUUGCCCUUACUGCUAGCAACAAUUCUGUACGGACUCAUUGCAAGAAUCCUUUUUUUGAAUCCAUUGCCAUCAAAUCACAAGGAGAAAUGCAAAAAUGGACAAAGCAACCGCACUAAGAUGAGCAGCUGUAAGAACUCCCGCCAUUCCAACUCCACCGCCACAUCCCGAAGACAGGUCACCAAGAUGCUGGCUGUGGUGGUAGUCCUGUUUGCCGUGCUGUGGAUGCCCUAUCGCACGCUAGUGGUGGUCAACUCCUUCCUCAAACAGGCCUACCUGGACACUUGGUUCCUGCUAUUCUGCCGUUGCUGCAUUUAUUUAAACAGCACCAUUAACCCCAUCAUUUACAACGCCAUGUCGCAGAAGUUCCGCGCUGCUUUCCGCAAGCUCUGCCGUUGCGGGCGUAAAGGUUUGGAGAAGCCCACAGCGUAUAGCGUGGCGCUCACCUACAGCGCCGUCAAAGACACGUCGGUGGUGGAGAGCACCGACCACUUCACCACGGAGCUGGAAGAGAUUACCGUCACUGAGGACUUACUGCCUGAUAAGAUGAUGUUUAAAGAUACCCGUGUUUACAACGAGGUGAUUUUCAACAAAGACUGAUUUAAAUUUUUGAUGCGUUUGUACAGUAGACAGCUUGCUAAGUUCCCCUUAGGAUCAGCCCCACUGAUCAUGAGGUUAAGAGAUACUCUAGAGAAGCCUGGGUGAUGCUGGUGUAAACUGUCACUUAAGUGAGAACAACUUGUCCUAUUAUAUCGGCAGUAGAGCAGAUAUAAUAGGCAGGACCAUUUAUGUGCACGGAUGCUCAUGGGUAUGAAACUGUCAAAUAAACCUCUAUCCCCCAAAACCAUGCCCCACUAAAACAAACUAACAUAUAUGUUACAUAUGACCUAUGACGGUCUUCUGAAAUGACCCCCCUCUUGUGUGUACAUGCAAUCAAAAGAUUGAGAAGUACAAAUUUGCUAUAAAAUGUGGAAUUUGGACAGUGUGAAUACAUUUCCGGUGCUUGCUAACUGCAAUACGCCCCUUAGCAAAGUGAAAGAAGUAUUAGAAUAGAAGGUUAGAUUCAUCACUUGUGAGUAUUAACUACGUGUGAACAAGAAGGUAACCUCAAGGUUGCCUGUUCCAGGCACUCAGAGCAUCAGCUGACAGGAAGCUUGCCCUUCAGAGGAGAAGGGUCCUUGUGUCCGAGGACUGAGAUGGAGGACUGAGGAAAGGCCAGGUGAUGACGCAUCAUGUGGCAGCUAGGCUCUGGAGACUAUGUGAUGGACAACACUUAAGGUUCAGACCUUUCUAACAAGGAGGGGGGACUCAGGAAUGGUGCAGACAUGAAUGUAAAUGUUAAGUCUGGAAUCCUUGUCAUUCUGAUCAAUGUUUAGCGGUGCUUUCUAAGUCUUUUGCUUGGUACUGUUUAUCAUCUGCUUUUUUGAGAAUUAUUUUGCAGUCAAACUGUGAUGGUUGUGUCUGGGAGGAGAUGUUAUGAGUCUGAGCUUCACCAAGCACACAGUCUAACUGUGAUGUUUGUGUCUGGGAGGAGAUGUUAUGAGUCUGAGCUUCACCAAGCACACAGUCUAACUGUGCAUAACAUGCAUCUUAUUCUCUGGUGUAUUUCUCAGCAAACUACUGUACAUAUUGCCAAAGCUGUAGUUCAUUUAAUAUUUGAAUGUAAAGUGACUUCGCGUAUUGUAAUAUUUAAUGUAAUAUUUCAUAUAUUUGAAAUUGUGUUUUUAAAAACUAUUAACGUGAGUUUUUAUGUGGAAUAUCAGUUAUUCAGUAAUUGGGCUUUGAUGUACCCAUCGCAAGUUUUAGGUAAAUAACACUAUAGUGUUCAUGGUGCCGUACUAUAUACAUGACGUCAGAACUGUAGCCAUGCUUCAUAAAGCCAUCUGUUUACUGCAGUGUGUUUGCUGUUCAGUAACCAUUAUGACUCCAGUAUACACUGAUGUUUUAGUAUUAAAUAUGUCUGCUCUGAGAUCCUGCAGAGUAAGGCAGAAUAGGGAGGAUCAUGAAAAGACUAAGUAUCUACGUAAUCAUUAAGUCAUUAGGAUGUACAUUGCAUUGAAUAAUGUGUAAGUAAAGUUUAAUUGAGAAUAAAAUGUGCAUUCCCUGGCAGCCUUGUGUAUUUUGUUACAUCCAAGUCAACAUAAAACAAUUUAACUGUAAGGAUUGCAAAGUAAUAAAAAAGGUGAAAUACCAUGUUACUGGUAUCAAAUGUAGCUCUGACAGACAGGAGACAGCCAUGUGAUGAGAAAGAAGCAGGAAGUAGACAGCCAUGUGAAGAAAGAAGCAGGAAGUAGACAGCCAUGUGAUGAGAAAGAAGCAGGAAGUAGACAGCCAUGUGAUGAGAAGUGAGCAGGAAGUGGUCACUGUAAAACCCAGGAAAGGGGGUAGAUGUGGAGAACAGAGGAUGGGUUCAACUGAAUGCAGAGAAGAAGAAACAAUGAAGUAAAAAAUAAACCAGGCUCAUAUCAGGAAAAACAUUAUGUACAUAGUUCAUAAUUACUGUUCCUCCCGAAUGAGACUGUACUCUAACAAGGCACAUAAGCAAUAAAAAUGACCAUCCAUAAAAACAUAAAGUAGAAUACAGGCAAACAUACAUCUGUCAUAGAGACAACUAUAUACUGGGUAGUUUAUCUGUAUAAAAUGAUUUAUCCAUGCACAUUAACCGUAACACAACUGAAGUCAGAGUGUUUCUAGAUGGUUGUAAUGAUCCUGUAUUCUAUAGAACUGGGGGAAAUAUUGAUCUCUUGGUGUGCAGGAGAUCAUUGUCACCAUUUAAAAAUCUACGUCAUCGUUGUAUAGCUGCAUGGCGUACCUCACCCAAACCAUGUGUAGCAUGGAAAAUAUGGAUCUAUAACCUGUCUCUGACAAAUUCCCAGCUUGUUGGACACAUUUCAAAGCAGUGCAAGUAUAUAUAUAUAGGUAGCCGACACACAUCUUUAGAAUAUUUAGUAUGGAACAUACUGUACACGGAGGGGCCUAAGUUGAAUUGAGAACAAAAUGUGCCUCCCUGGCAGCCUUCUCUACGUAGGAGACAGCUUUCUUCUCAAGGCCUCAUAUGAGCAGUAAAAACGGAAAUCUUUGGUUGAAACAGGAAAGUAGAAAAAGAAACAGACAAAGACGAGUUAGGAGGAGGAAAACAAAACCAUGGUCUGGCUCAUUAAACUUGUGAUUGAACACGUCUCUCUCUGGAAUAAAAGUGCCUUACUCAGUGUUUUCAGUAUUGUAAUGCUGGUUACAGCAACAGGGUUAGAAGCAGCAACAAAGGCAAAUCUUUCCAUAAUUACAGCUCAUCUGCAAGAGAGACUAGACCUAGCUUUUGGGAGUAAUUAUGCAUGAAGAGCAUGUGCUAUAUCAAAUGUGUUGAUGGUGAAAUCACAGUCCUUACAAGGUAAAAGUUUGUGAAAGGCUUUCAUAAUUGUUUGUCGUCUUCUCUGUACAGCAGGGAAGGAUGAGGAUGGGAUUGACACAAGCACCCUAAGACACAAGCGCCCUUCCUGUGAUGUAGAUGGGAU